CAUUAAUGAACAAUAAUGAGUAAACUAGUAUCGGUACAACAAAACUGACACUGUGGGCGUGGUGGGUUGCCAGCUGGAUUUCAAAGGUUACAGGUUACAGCCUUCUUGUGACUGACGUACAUUGUAUGCUAUAAUCAGUGUGAUCAUAUAUGGAUCUAUAUAAACUGUACUGUACAUUGUCAUGAACACUGUACUGGGCGGUACUUGGAAAUAUCUGAAACCAUAGCCUAUAAAUUGGAAAAGCUAACAUGCAAGACACACAUACAGUCUGAGACACAAGUUAGAACCUGUAUUAAAAUUGCUGCCAUCUCAACAGUCCCAAGCGGAACCGUCUCGCGUUUUUACAAGCAACUGAAGACAGAAAUACUUAACCAACAAUCAUGUCAGAGCAAGCCAAGCCCAACCAAAAGAGGGUCCUCAUCUGGGCCGUCACACGAUCCCUUUCCACCGUUCUCGUCAGAGCGCUCUCCCAGAUUCCAGACACGCAGGUCAUCUUCGAGUACUACAUGGCUGCAGGCUGGAACACUGUACCUGAUGCACUUGUCAAUGAAAGCUCUCAAGAAAAGUCCUUGGUCAACAUGGAGCCAGACGUCACCUUCCAGUCAGUGAAAGCCAUGUAUGAGCAGGACUACCCAGGAAAAUCUCUGAUUCUUGGCAAAGAGAUGCCUAACAUGUUAGGCCGUCGAAUGGACGUUAUUCCUCACGGCUACACGCACAUCUUCUUGAUCCGAUACCCUGCAAAGACUAUCCCAUCCCUGAACAAAGUGUAUGGAUUUGCGACAUCCGAAAUGAAAAGAGCUCAUUUGCUUGGUCCAAACCAGUUUGAAAUGAUGGACGAGCUGUAUGAGUUUGUCACGAAAACUCGUCCACAUGAAACAGCAGUUGUGCUUGAUGCUGAAGACCUGAUGGCUCAGCCUGCCAAAUCCCUACAGCUGUUGUGUGAAGCAACAGGGUUGCCCUUCAGCCAGAGCUUGCUUCACUGGGAUCCCAUCAAAGAUCUGCCUUCCAACUGGAGCAUGCCGAAGUCUCUGUGGGCCUACUCCAGCACCGUGGGUUACUUCAAGAAUGCUUUUGAGAGUACCUGCUUCCGUGCAAAGACGGGCGACAGCUCAUCCAAAAGUCAAGAGCAAGAUGACCAAGACCUCUGCCGAUUCAUUCAAGAUGCACAGCCAUACUACGAAAGCAUGUACAAACGCCGUUUAAUUGCUCAAUAAACAAAAUGGACCUAUAGGAAUUAGAAUGGAUAAGUUGCAGACAGAGACCUCAUUGACUUGUGUAUUAAGAAAAUAUAACGUGAGUUACCGAUUUUGUGCGUCUUGUUUAUCAUACAUAACAAAUUUGUCUGGAUGUCAUCUUGGUGCUUAGGUAGGUCUACAUGUAGGUAUACUCUAUUAACCAUGGUGAUAACAGUUACUAAACCUUUUCAGUAAGGUACGCAAUUACAGCCCAAGGAAACUCAAAAGUACAUCAAAAAUGUAACGUGAGUAACCGUGGAAUUGCCCAAAAUGAGUAUAACCUGUAUUAAGUAAGGUUUUUGAGAAGAUAAAAAAUACUAUGUACGACAAGGCAAACUUAGAAUCAAUCAUCAACAAGACUUCUCUCAACCAAGACAAAUCUAGACUAAUUGUUCGCUAAUAAAAAAAAGAAAAGUUAUCUCCAUGAGACACAUGUAUGACUUCUCCAUCAUAGGCCUACAGUACUGGUGUAUGUACAUUUAUAACCUUGCAGUUUAUUUCCUUUAACCUAAUCUACAUGUAUAAAUCAUUUGCCUUUGUUCAACAGAGAUAUGAGUAGAAAUCUUGUGCCUUCAUUGUUAAUGAAUUAUAACAAACUAUUGCUGAUGAAUGCAAUCAAAUAGUUACCGUCUGACUAUAAAAAUGCAACUUUAUGAUUAAAAUGACUCCACAAGUGCGCAUCUGCAUAGUUUUUUUCUUUUUGAAGAUUCAAACCGGCAAAAAGUUAUUCGA